GUUUGCGGUUCAACAACAACAACAAUACCACACCUUGAAGUGAACCUCUGUGUGAGCUAACCUUUUGCUGGCUUGAAUGUAUCGUAAAUAAUCGUUAUCACCUUGGUGAUCGGCCUAUCAACCGACAUUUCUAAAUAGAAGAAGGGACACAUCCUUGCCACGAUCAACAACUGAACUGCGAUCAAACUAUGGCGUUUCUAGCACGGAACCUCUUUCAAGCGUCUGCUCGUCUGUCGACGGUCCUGCGAGCGACAGGCCAACAGCAGGAGCAGCAACGGCGACGCUUGCUCCAUCUCAGUCGCAACCUGUGCGUGGCCCAGGUACAGAAGCCGGCUCCCCCAUUCCAGGGCACAGCGGUGGUCAACAACGACUUUAAGGAUAUUAAACUAGAAGACUACAAGGGAAAGUAUCUGGUGUUAUUCUUCUACCCGCUGGACUUCACGUUCGUCUGCCCGACGGAAAUCAUUGCAUUUAGCGACCGCAUCCAGGAAUUCCGGGCGCUCAACACCGAGGUGGUGGGCGUGUCGGUGGAUUCUCAUUUCUCGCAUCUAGCCUGGAUCAACCAGCCGCGCAAGUCCGGAGGACUCGGCAAACUCGACUAUCCCCUGUUGGCCGAUCUGACGAAGCAAAUAUCCGCCGACUAUGGAGUGCUGCUGGAGGACGCGGGCAUCUCGCUGCGCGGUCUGUUCAUUAUUGAUCCGAACGGGGUGGUGCGCCAAAUCACCAUCAACGAUCUGCCGGUUGGCCGAUCGGUUGACGAGACGCUCCGGUUAAUUAAGGCGUUCCAGUUUGUCGAGAAGCACGGCGAGGUGUGCCCGGCCAACUGGGAACCGAACAAAAACGCGGCCACAAUCAAACCGAACCCGAAGGAGUCGCGUGAGUACUUCGAAAAGCAUGGCAAGUAGGAAAGAGAGGCGUGUAGAGUAGUCCGGCGAGGGAGGCCACUGAUGUUUAGCAACAGGUUCCAGCUAACAGGUGCCAGUCCGCGACUCCCCCUCCGCUCUGCACCCGGAGAAGAAUUAUGAAGUUAAUAAACAAAAAAACAUUCUCCCCAGA